CAAGAGGAAGAAAAUGGCGAGUAGCAAGAUGAAUGAGUCCGAAGAAGAGCUUGUAAAAGCCAUCAAUAGAGUGGAUAUUCCUGAAGUUAGGCGGCUGUUAAGUUCAGGCUUGGUUGAUGUCAAUUGUUUGGAUGAGCAAGGGAUGACGCCACUGAUGCAUUGUGCAUAUAAAGGCAAUGCAGAGAUGACGGAACUGCUUCUUGCUCAUGGUGCUGAUGUGAACUCUAACAAACACGAACACAAGUACACUGCUCUGAUGUUUAGCUGUGUGUCAGGUGCUUUUGAAGUCACCAGACUGCUUCUUGAAGCUGGUGCUAAUGUCCAAGCUGAGAAUAAUCUAGGGAAGACUGCUGGCCAGCUUGGUGCUUUUGUUGGUCACCAUGAGUGUGUCAGUCUAAUAAAUAAUUUCAUCUCUCAAGAGGAUUUGCUAUACUACACAAGACCACAAGGUUUUGAGAAGGAAGGAAAGCUCCCAGCAAAACUUGUACCUUCAUUGUAUAAAUACAUUACUGUCACAAAUAUCAACCCAGUAAAAUUAGUAACUUUUCUUAAAGACCACAUGGACUUAGUAGAGAAUUACAAAUCAGUCAGUAAAGUCCUUGAUCUGAGGUGUGAAAAGUUCAUCAAACAGCAGUCAAUGAAUGAGAUCAUGGCCAUGAAGAUGCACUUCUAUGGAUAUACAGUAAGAAAGUGUGGAAGAUGGCAUGAGGGUCUGGAUGGGAAAGAAGGCAUUGAAGGACUCUUGAAGUUUUUGAUCAAAGGUCGACCCUCUGAUGGGUUUCCUUUGGGGACAGAGGAUUUUAUCCGUCAGUCAAUCAAGGAGUUUGACUACCCUCAAUGUACGAUAUUCCAGCAACUUGUAACUACUUUGUCUCCUGUGGAAAGGGGAAAUGAACCAACAGCUUUAACAGUAUUAACCCAAGUUAUAAAUGGCAUCCAAAGUGCUGAUUUUUCCAAAUGCUGCACCGUUUGCGGCGAAAGCAAGGCCGUUAAAAAAUGUGCUCCUUGUAAAAAGGUGGCGUACUGCUCGGUAAAUUGUCAGAAAAUGCACUGGGGUACGCACAAGAAGCACUGUAAAAGACUCGCUGAGGAAUAUAAAAGAGAACUUGCCGAAGAAGAACAGAUGAAGAAACUAGAGGAAGAAACCAGAGCACAACAAGAGGCUGAAAAACGAAAAACUCGGGAAGAAAAAUGUGUUAACAGAGAAAAAGAAAAUGAAAAGACCGAGAAUAAAGAAACGUUAGAUGAAGGGGUUUUAGCCGGGGAAGACGAAAAGAAAGAUAAAAACAAAGAAGAAGAAAAUAUUACCGAUAAAAAUGUUCAAAAAUUAGAAGAGAAAAUGGCCGACUUAGAAACAGAAAAAUCUGCAGAACGGGAAAGCUGACAUUGAGAGACCUGCCGACUUAGAUUAUUAUGAAUACUGUAUACAUUGUAAUUGUCGCUUCUUAUUUCAUUAGUAGAUUUUAUCAUGACUGUAGGUAAUAAUUAAGUAUGAUCUACC